AUGGCCCUCCUGACACCUUCAGACGGCACACUCCCCGCGGAAGCCCGCGGACGGGGACGGCGAAGGAGACUCGUUUGGACCCCGAGCCAAAGCGAGGCCCAGCGAGCCUGCUUUGAGCGGAACCCGUACCCAGGCAUCGCCACCAGAGAACGGCUGGCCAAGGCCAUCAGCAUUCCGGAGCCCAGGGUCCAGAUUUGGUUUCAGAAUGAGAGGUCACUCCAGCUGAGGCAGCACUGGCGGGAAUCUCGGCCCUGGCCCGGGAGAAGCGGCCCGCAAUAAGGCACGCGAAAGCGGGCCGCCAUCA